GAUCCUCGCCAGUGAACUGAGUGACGCAGUUGAGCUCCUUCCACAAAAGGUAUAAUUCGGUCCCUCGCGUAUAAGCUCAUCUCAGUGGCUUGAUGCGUCUGGUUGUAUCAGUCUUUUGGAUGGUGGCAGGGACGGCGUGGGCACUGGAGGAAAACAGUGUGGACAACAUUUACGAUGAACAUUUUUCUCCUCUUCACCCUAACUGCACUCAGCAGAGUCUCACAGAUCUUCUCUUGCUGCGCCAAGAAGUCCUGCUGAAAGAACUGAAGGAGGCCGAGCAAGUGUCUGCAGGAAUCUUGAGGGAGAUGGUACACAUCUUGACUGACAAGGCUUCCUUCAUGUCUAGAGAAGUAUCCUGUCCUGGUAACUUCAGAAAAUUGGGCGAUACUUGUUUGUAUCUUGCCAAAGAGAUCGACGCAAAUUGGGAAGCUGCUCGAGUUUUUUGUCAAGACUUGGGAGGAGAUUUGGCCGUAUUUCGAGACGCCAAUGCAUUCGCAGAGGCUCUAGGAUACAUAAAAAAUUCAGUCGUUGUAAAGGCAACGACUGUCUGGGUGGGCGGAAGAGACCACCUAGUAGAAGGGGAAUGGAGGUGGGUCUCUGGGGAGGACAUGCCGAGAGGAACACCCUAUUGGGGAGAUUACAAUUACGUGCGCGAACCAGCUCAAGGCACAACGGCGAAUUGCGCCGCCAUGCAUGGCCCUGAUGAUUUUUUGAUACACGAUCGAGGCUGUCAAGAAAAAUAUAAGCCUCUCUGUCAGAUUAAGUUAAAAAACUAAUAGAUCAUUGGAAUCUAGAUUUUUUAUGCAUACAUGUAACAUAUUAUGAUUAUUGCCACAUCUCAUUAUUAGAAAGGACACACAAAUUCGCAACGAAAAAUGUAAGCCAAACAUUUUAGUUGCUUGACUGCAUCUAAACGGAUACAUCGUCAGGUGCAGAUACAUUCUAACAAAUAUUUGUGUAUCUUUAUUUUCAAAGUUCAAAAUGUUGAUAUUCUAUUUAUUUUCCUAAUAAUUUCUGACAACACUUGCAGGUGCUGUGUUUGUGUGUACAUACAUAUAUAUGUAUGUAUGUAUAAAUAUACAUGUGUUUAUAUACAUAUAUAUGUAUAUAAGUAUACACAUACAUAUUUUAACCUCAUUCUGGCCAAGCAAAUUCUGUAAUGAACCUAGGAAUAUCUCAAUAUAUAUCAUAUUUAUUUAUCUCUAUAUCUGUCUAUCUAAUACCAUGUUGGCUGUGGAUAU